ACUGCUUUAGCUAUGUCUCAAACCUCGUUCUACUUAUUAUAUUCAUGGUAACCUGUUACAUGUAUUAUCCAGAAACUCACGCAUGCUCUGACACGGCGCCGACGCUGUCAGUUUAGUUUCGACCGAUGCCUGUUUCACUGCAUUCGUAUAGUCAUUCCCCUACAAUCUGGACACGAUAAACGUUGUGGUGGUUGGUGCGGUACGGUUGUCAAGUUUCGACGCAUUGCUUAAUCGUUACACGUGAAAAAAUAUUUGGUUGUGCUACCGUAUUAAAUAUUCGAAGCAACAUUACGAGAUGAACGCUGGUAUGUUUAUGGCGAGUUAUUCACCUAAAAUAAAUAUGACAAACAUCAAAAGUGUAAUAAUGUUUACUUCGCUGUGGAGAAGCAGGAGUUUGUAAUGGAAAUGAACAGAGCAAGCCUGCCGAAGUAACUUAAAUUGCACUUUCGAAAGAUCACAAUGUCCCAAGAAGUGGAUGUUGGUUCGCUGGUCCCAGCAGGUCUCCAGUCCUACGGCAUUAAACUUCAAGAACACCAUGUUCCCUCCAACUACAACAGACUCUCGGAAAACAUCAGAAGAGUCACUCCAAACGGCAUUCAAUGUUCUUUCUUUUGUGGAGGACGACGCUGUAAAUAUGAGAAUCCCGAAAACUGGGAUGCAGCUCACAUGGCUAUUGAUGGAGUGUUCUCGCAUUGGGUAACAGACGAUAUUCUAGCAAUGGCCCGUCCCAGCACAGAGAUCAUCAAAAAUAAAAAAAUUAUCGAACAGUUCAAAAGACUGGAAAUUAAGUCCAUCAUAAACUUACAGAAACCAGGAGAACACGCGAGUUGCGGGAAUCCUUUGGAGAACUCUGGCUUUACGUAUGAUCCAAACAUAUUCAUGGAAAACAACAUAUACUUCUACAACUUUGGCUGGAAGGAUUAUGGUGAAGCAACCCUUACAAGCCUACUCGACAUGGUAAAGGUAAUGUCGUUCGCUCUCACAGAAGGAAAAGUGGCCAUCCACUGCCACGCAGGUCUUGGAAGAACGGGAGUUUUGAUAGCAUGUUACCUGGUGUACAGUUUAAGAGUCCGAGCAAAUGAUGCUAUUCGAUUUGUUAGACUCAAACGUCCAAAUGCUGUACAAACAAGAGGACAAAUUCUUUGUGUCCAGGAGUUUGAACAAUUUAUUCUGUCACAGAGUAUUGUCUUCUGCAACAAGGAGUUUUCCAAGGACAGGAGGGUGACAGACUUUAGUCUCACACAGUAUUUAAGCAGACAGAAGAUAAUGCUUCAUGGAUAUGAAGCAAGAACAUUGAAAUAUAUACCUAAGAUUUUAUUUGUCCUGUGUGAACGUCUUCUUCAUGUAUGCAACUGCCGAAAUCUCAGUCCACCUAUUGGAAUUCGGUAUGAUGUCACAAGCCUCCCAUUUACCCGAAGCUUUUUAGUGACAAGAAUAAACAGUGCUCAACGAACUGAACUUGUCCAUUCUAAUUCAACCUCAACAUGUUCUCCAGCUGACUCACCAUUUUCCAGUACAUUGGCAUCAGCUGCAUCAACUCGGAGACACAGCACAGAACUUGAUGACCGGCUCAGUGAACUUCCAUCAUCAAUGAACAUUCAAGAUUUGGAUGAUGAUGAUAAUGAUGAUAAUGAUGUAGCCAUGCCUCAGAAUGUUUCCUGUAUUUCUCCAGACAUGCCUUCCUGCGCUUCAGGAAUGUCAGGACUGGAUGACAACUGCUUGGACGCUGUACUUGGAGAUGGCAUACAUAGUCAGACUCUGCAAGACAAUAUAUGCUAUCAAGAACUAAGUUCACAAACUGAUCUGAGAAAAGCAGUUCAGAAUGAGAAAUUUAUUCCAUACCACGUAGAUGAUGUGGUUCAAGCUCUUCUGGCUGACCAUAAUUUGUUAAGUGAUGGAAUAAGGAAAGGCAUAAGGCAAUAUCGAACGGACUUGAACUACAGGCAGUCAGCAUGGACAAGACUGCAAAUGGAGAAGAAUUUAUAUGUCCUUACAGGCCUGAUGUAUGAUUGGUUAGAGCAUCUUAAAGUACCAGUUCUUAGCAGAGAUGAUCUGAGUUAUAUUGUGUUACUCGGAAAUCGCCCAGAAGCUUGUCUCAAGAAGCUUGAUCUAGCAACCCAGUACACACUUGAAUACCUACUUAGGUUUCUGGCACGACUUCAUCCACUUCCUGAAGAAACUCUGAUCACCUUACUGAAGCGGUUUGUGGCUUCAUUAACACAACAAGGAGUUCCUAUCCAUGGUGUUCUACAACCUUCAGGGAAAGGUUACCAUAAAUUACGUGAGGGAACAUACAAGAAAGUUAUGGAGUUUGUAUCAAAACUUUUUGACAAUAUAUAUGAAACAGUUGGAGCAGCAACUCCAGGAUUUUCAGAAUUGAGCAAGUCAAAGCAGUCCAUCACUUCUGAAAUAGAACAUGACAUGGAGGAGACAGAGAUGCUGACACCUCUCUGAAAUGCCUAUGAUGGCAGUAAAUUUUGUAAACGUCAUGUUCCUUACUGGACAGACCAGUGAGUCUUGAAAGGUGAUGCUUGCAAAUUAAAUUGCAGGUUUUGUCAAAAGUAUGCAGUGGUAAUCCACUAAUGUUGAAUUGAAGAAUUCAACAUUAUACUUGCGAUAAUUAAGUGCUAAGACUGACUGACUGACUGACUGGUGUAAGUGUCUUUAUCACGUGUUAAACAUUCCAAUUUUGCAGACUCCUGCGCAAGAGAUUCAUAUGGCCUUGUAAACUGCUAUGCCUUUGCUUAAUAUGCCAUGAAAGGCAUUUUGUAAAAUUGAUAGCCAUCAAAAUGGAAAAUACUUACCUCUCACUUUGCUGCAUUGCAUUGAAACACUAAAUAUUUUAACCAUAAGGUAAGCGUGCUGUACUAGAAUAAUUGUACUCAUUACAGAAACAUUCAUAAGUGAAUGAACAGGAAGAAUGUUUCUUGUAAUCAUGAUCUCUGACACUCCAGUAGAAAGUCUUGUCUGGGAAGUGAGGUCACAAGAAUUAUAUAGCCGCACCUUCUGCUUAUUAUUAUCCAAAUUUAAGUGAUGUAUAUGAGCUCUACUAUAUUGAUGCAAAGGGGAAAAUUUGUACUCACCCCUUAAGCACUCGGACCACUAUUGGGUCCAUUGUGCAUCUCCGUUGUUGCUUCAAUUUUCUGAGAAACUCAACCUUAGUCAGAGCCAAAACCCUGCAGAUUGUGGUUCUCUUCAUUUCCAUCAACUCUACUGAUGCAGAGCUGAAGGUCAUAGAUCUCUAACCAACCAAGAUGGGCACUAAUAUAAUGACAUCAUCUUUUGGGCCCCUGCCAUCCAGACACAUUCUGUCACUCCCUAACAGUGACAGCAAAGCUCCCAGUUGCAACCUCCGUAGUCUAGGGGUAACGUUCCCACCUCAUGAUUCAAGGUAUUCGGGUUCAAACCCGGUGGACGUCAUGCAAUUUUUAAGGGCGGAAAAAUUCAGGGAACAAGUCCUUUAACUUUAACUUUUAACCAACUUUAAGCUGUGUAUCCCAUGUCUUAGAUUUACGGCACGUAAAAGAUCAUGUCUCUAGGAGACCUCUGAGCAAAAUUAGGCAAAAAGUUUCCCGC